UGACUUCUCGUCUUUCCACAUUGCGUUUUUGCGAGAAGAAGAAGAAAGGUAUUAUUUCUUUCUCUCUUUCUUCCUUCUUCUUCUUCUUCUUCUUCUUCGCAAUCAAAUUAAUAAAAAAUUCAUUUUUUUUUUAAUUUAAAUUUGCGUAUUAAUAUAAAAUCAUCUCCAAAUUCCUUCUCUGUCUCUCCUUUUACCCCUUUCCCCUCCGCCUGGUGGGAUAAGAAAGAGGGUUUUCUCUUUCUCAUCUUCCAUCUCUGUCUCCUUCUCCUCAUGCCAAGGAUUAAACCCUUUUCCUGUUUCUUCAUCUUCCUUCUUCCUCUUCAUCUUCUUCUUCUCCUCCUCUGACCCAGAAGGGGAAGAAGAAACCUUUCUUUCUUUCUUUCUUUCUUUCUUUCUUUCUUUCUUUCUUUCUUUUUUUCUCUCUUUUGCACGCACAUAUCCCAACUCCUUCACACACCUCUCUUCCAUGGAAUCUGCUUCCUUUGAUCCAACCCCACAAGGGUUCAAUGAUAAAGAGUCAAUGGUUGACCCUUUCUUGGUUGAGGCUCUCCAGAAUCCUCGACAUCGUCUUACCAUUCUACGAAUGGAACUUGACAUCCAGAAGUUUUUGAAUAAUCCUGACCAGCAGCUUUUCGAGUUCCAGCAUUUUCCCACUUCAUACCUUCGACUUGCUGCUCAUCGUGUUGCUCAACAUUAUGGCCUUCAAACCAUGGUUCAGGACUCUGGCAUAGAUGGUUUUGGAAAUAGGAUUGUGGUUCGUAAAAUGGUAGAAAACAGACUCCCUUCUGUGCGUUUAUCUGAAAUACCUGCGAAGCAAUUGGACAAUGAGAAACAUGAGCAGGUCAAGAUUGUCAUCAGACCUAGGCCCAACAAGAUGUCUGGAAUUUCUGCCAAUGAAGGAGGUCACAAACAAAGUUCUGUCAGAAGUGUGGAAGAGAGAAAGGAAGAAUAUGAUAGGGCACGAGCUCGAAUCUUCAGCUCCCCAAGUAGUCCUGAGAUAGAUGAUACAAUAUCUCAAACCCCAUCUGAAGGAAAGUAUGCAUGCUCAAACAGGGAUGAGACUGAAGGCUGUAGAACUUUGGGUGGUGAUUUGGAGAAAUUUAAUGGCAGGGAUGGCAUGACUUCUCGUGUUGCCAUUUUUAAAGAUAGGGAAAAGGAUCGUAGUGACCCUGAUUAUGAUCGCAAUUACGAUAGGUAUAUUAGGAACCUUCCAACCAAUCAAAACUUAAGCUUGGCUCCUUUUAUUAUGCCAAAAAUUCAGCCUCCAUUUGUACAAUAUGAUUCGGGUUAUUCGCUCGUGGGUCAUAUGCCCGGAACUCAAGCUUCAGUUAACUAUGGGCCUCAUCCAAGUUCUGUUGUAAGCCCUUUCUGUGCAAUGGGUUUAAACCAGGCAUCUAGGGAUGCUUCUUAUGAGCAGUGGCAGAAUGCUGCAAUGAUGUAUGCCCAUUCCUACAACCAGUUCAGGCAUUCUGCUUUUCAGCCAUCAUUGAAGCAGUUCUGGGAGCCAAUCUUCAAUUUUUGUGAUGCGACAACUGUGCCAAAAAGAUGCCAAGAUGGGAACAGCCGCCCCUUGGCUGCAAAAUAAACCCUCAGGGGACGUUUAGGACAAUAAGUUGGUUAUUAUAGUCUUGAUUAUAACAUUUUGUGUUGGAGGUAUAGAUUAUUUUAGCUUGGGUUGUCAUAGGAUGUAUUUGAGGUAUAAUUGUAUAAACUAUUUUAGUUUGAUAAGGAAAUGAUAAACCUUGUAGCGAAGAAUAAAAGAAUGCUGAAUGAAAAAUAGUAGGAACUGUAGCAAAUAGUAAAAACGGUAGAAAAUGAGAGUUUUGGAAUAGGAGUGGCUGUAACUAAUUAGGAAGUACAAAAUAGUAUUUAUUGUAGAAAGAGGUGGUAUAGUCUUGUGACAAUCUUUGUCCUGGACGUCUCUUAGUUUUUCACUCAUUACAUCAAGGGUGUUGAUAAUUUCCUCUCCCUAGUUUUCUCUUAAACCAUCCAUUUUUUGGUCCCAUAAAUUUGGAUUGGGUCAUUGGGGGCUCCUUCAAUCUAUUUACCGAACAUUUCUAGUUUUCUUUUCUCAAAUUUCCAAGGACUUUAACCUCCCUUAUCUGAAGAAGAGAAUAUUAGUUUUAUUGACUUAAUUCAAUUCCCCAACCUCUCCAAAUUGCUUGUCCAUCAAUUUGCUAGGCAAAGAGGUUGCAAAGAUAUGAGAGGAGUUCCUUCUCCAAUCUCCACCCAACAUAGGAUGGAAGGUUUCUUUGGCACGCUAUGAUAUGCACCAUUGUUGGGGGCUUUGGGGAGAAAGAAAUAAUAGAAUUUUAGGGGAUUUGAGAGGACUCCGAGUGAUCCGUGGUUCUAUGUUAGGUUCAAUGUCUCACUAUGGGAUAAUUUUUUUUAAUGCUGACUUGAAAAAUCAUAAAAUUAAAAUAACUAAACUAGCAAUUAUGACAAUACCCCUCUCUGUGCACCCCCACCUCUGCUUGGCCUUUGCUUCUUCCUCCUUUCACUGACUGUCACGUGACUGCGGAGGGCUUGAGUCACUGUGAAUACAUGCUUGUAGUCACUGGAUUUAGGCCGCCUAGAUCUCUGAGCCUCAUUGGUGUUUGUGGCCACGGGGGUUGAUCUUGGUUCCCAACACAGAUAUUUAGAUUUGUUUCAUUUCAUGAAAUGACAUUCUGGCGGGGAAAGUCGCUUUUUAUGACUUGUUGGGUAUAAAACGAUCUUAUACGUUCUUUGGGGUAAGUGGAACUGUAUAAUUUUAGAUGAUUCGACAGGAAUGUUACUUGAGGUUUUGUCUCUAGCGGUGUACUUCUAAAUUAGAUAGGUCUCUUUCUUCCAUGUUAUUGUUCCGUUGAUUGUUGCGAAACCCUGAGUCUCAUCAAGUUGCAUUUCCUUAAUCCUUACUAGAAUUACCAUGUGUUGAAUUUUUCUAUUUAGCAAUCAAAUCUCCGUUGACAAAUCUGCUUUCCAUCAGUUUAUGAAGUGAUUUUUAUCUGAUGUAUAUCAUGUUAUUGCAGGCCCCAUUCUGUCAGCAACCCCUCAGCUUUGACUAUUCUCAAAACCAUUAGAUAUUAUGAUGAGAGAAGUUUAGGUGAACCCAAAAAAAAAAAAAAAAAAGAAAAAAGAAAAAAAAAAGAAAAAAAGAAAAAAAGAAAAAAAAAAAAAAGAAAAGGAACAUUUUACAAUUAGAUUUUGUACUUUUCUAGAAGGGGGUUGCACUUUACUUUCGAUUGCUUGGAACUCAGUUCUAGUUUGUGACACUUUUGUUCUUCAUUUGGAUAUUUUCUUCUCUUAUCAUAAGAAUUUGUAAGACAUUAAGGACUUUCUUAUUAUACCUUUUGGUCAAUUUUACAAUGCUCCCAUUAUUCCCAUUA